UUAAAAGCGAACAGGGACAAACGGGUGUUUAGUGUGCCAUACAAAUUGCUUCCGUUGACAACGCUAACAUUUAUUUAGGGUGUAAAUACUUAUGUGGACAGAUCUUUGCAUUUUUUGCCCACAAGACCAAGUCACAGAUCUUCCCACACCUGUGACGUUCACAACAUGUCGGUACAGCCCAUGUCCGGUCAGCAGAUGCAGAAAGGAGGGUAUGCCCAGAAUACAUCCGGGUACGCAAAACCUGCUCAGCCACAACAAGGCUACGGGCAAGGACCGCCUCAGCAACAAGGCUACGGGCAAGGACCGCCUCAGCAUCAAGGCUACGGCCAAGGACAGCAAGGCAACACGACGGUUAUUAUAAACCAGCCCACGACACUCCACCACAACCCGAUGCAGCCCCACCCCCUAAGGACAUGGAGUACCGGUCUGUGUGGGUGUAUGGAAGACUGCGGCGGCUGUCUUUUCGCCUUAUUUUGUCCCUUUUACUACGGAUGCGUGGUGGCCGGCAAACAAGGCCACUCGUGCUGGGGACCAUGCUGUGUUCCUGGUUGGCCCAUGGCCUUCAGGUCGCAUAUCCGAGGUGUCCAUUCUAUUGAGGGAACCAUAUGCACCGAUUGCUUGGUGACCACUUUCUGUGGGCAAUGCGCACUGUGCCAGAUGAGUAGAGAGCUCGACAACGUCCUCAAAGGAGAUUCAAAAGCCAGGCCAGCCAAUGAGAGGCGAUAAAAAGAUGAAGGCUUCGAUUUGACGCCGUCGGUCAUGUGACAUCCCGCCAUGGAUAUCUAAGUGACGACCACGUGUCCAGUGGUUACAUUGCAGACAAUAACUGUUAACACUUAGUCUUUCGACAUUUUUUUCCCAUGUCAUUUGUUAUUUUAAAGACCAUGGGGGUUUUUGAGGGGGGUUUUAAAAAAAAUGUUUAGUAUUAAUCCCUAUCAUUGUAUUCUCGGUGUGGUAUAAGAGUCCAAGAUUGUCAAUGAAACUGUGCGUGACAUGAAUUUGCUUAUGACACCGCAGGGAAGUAGCUUUUUGGGGGGUGGAUGGGUGUGUGGGGAGUUGACUGUGGAGAUGGGUAAUGUUAAAAAAAACAUAAUGACCAACUAUUGAAAUGCAUAUCAACAAGAUAUCGUGUGCAUUUCCACUGACAGGAUAAUAUUAUACUUGUAACAAGGCCUUUUUCGUCUGCUUUCAUAAUUAUGGGUAUGCUAAAUUCUCCUUUUGUAAAGAUGAAAGGAGAAAGUUGGCGAAACUUAGUUGGUGUAUUGUGUUCUUUACUCCCCACCCCAUCCCUUCUAGCUACAGAACUAAACCGACAAAACCAUUUAUAAAACACCAACGUACUUUAAAAGAGGUGAAACAAAUGACAAUUGUUAAAUUUAAUGGUGAAACAAUUAAUCUUUCCAAAAUACAACAGAUGCAUUUAUUUCUUCCAAGGAAUACCUUUAGCAUGUUGUUAUAUUUAUGUACAUCUUUUUUGACAUGUUUGGUUAAAUAAAUUAUCUCUUUACCGAGAGCUUAAAAAUCCAA